AGAAAAAGGGAGAAAGAAGUGCGGAGUUGGGUUGGAUGGAAAUGAUGGAGCAGUUGCAGCAGCUGUAGCUAUCUUCAAACUCUUCUUCCCCCCGCCGUUCCAACUCCAUUUUCUUCCCCUUUUCAAAUAAUCCUUACAACAACAAUUUCAAGACUUCACAGAGCAAAAGAAAGAGAAGAAAUUUAAUGAUUCCCGUUUAGCGAGCGAGCGAUCGAUCAAUCGAUUGCCAUCCCCUUUUUCCCUUCACUCCAUCGUCGUCACACCUUCCUUUCUCAGCUCUGUCUCCUUCACUGCGUCGUCAAGUGCCCAUUUCAAUCGAUUGCUAUCUCUGCUCCUCUUUUCACGCCACUUUAAAAUGCGAUUCCGCCAUUGCAGCAGCCUUUAAUACUCCAAACCCACGCGGAUUCACACCUUGUCUCUACUUUCUCCAGCACUAACUUCAUUCUCCACCAUCUUCCCCCUUUGCAUCAUUCACUGCAAAUCUACCCACUUCAGAAAUAAUCACUCUCUUUGACUCUCUCUCUCUCUCUCUCUCUGCCUUCUUCCGAUCGAUUACUUUCCAAAUUUCGGAAUCAGAUCUAGGUUCCUUCCUGGAUGCCGCAAGGGCGAUGGUGGCUCAGCCCUCUUUUCUCAAGAAAAUGGGAAACCAGGUAAGUUCGAAUCUCAAGCAUACUUUCCUCGCAGAACCCACUAAGAGAACAGAAAGCAUUAAACACCCAGUAAACAGAGAAACCAUAGGAAUCUUAUCCUUUGAAGUUGCCAAUGUUAUUUCCAAAACCGUUCAUCUCCACAAGUCCGUAACCGACCGCGAGGUCUCCAAACUAAAAAACGAGAUCUUCAAGUCCCAAGGAAUGAAAUACCUCAUUUCCUCCGAUGAGUCUUACCUUCUAGAGCUCACCGUCGCAGAAAAACUCGACGACCUGAACCGGGUCGCCGGCGUUAUCUCAAGGCUGGGGAAAAAAUGUUCGUUACCAGCCCUUCAAGGGUUCGAGCAUGUAUUCGGCGAUCUAGUUAGUGGGGCAAUCAAUGUUAGGGCAUUGGAGUUUUUAGUCAAGGACAUGGAAGCUAUGGUGAAGAAAAUGGAGAGGUACGUUAGCUCCACCGCGAAGCUUUACAACGAAUUGGCGGUUCUGGAUGAGUUGGAGCAGGCAUUGAAGAAGUUUCAGCUGAAUCAACAUGAAGAGAGCCGGAAGGUGUUCGAACAAAAGCUCAUGUGGCAGAAACAGGAUGUGAGACAUCUCAAGAACAUUUCUCUCUGGAAUCAAUCCUAUGAUAAGGUUGUAGAAUUGCUGGCCAGGACUAUCUGCACUGUAUAUGUCCGGAUUCGAUUAGCUUUCGGAGAUGCCAUUUUCAUGAGAGAAUCUUCUCCCGGUUGUUCCGUUUCCCCUUCAGAAUUCAACGACGGUGUCAGUACUUACAGCUCAAGAACAAGUUUCCGAUUAGGCGCGGUUGAAAGAGCUGUGACUGAUCGAACCGUGAGAAAUAGCAAGAUGCAUCCUUCUUCUCGCAGGCCUGAGGUGUCUCUGUUUCGAGCCGAAGAUUUCAACUUCGCAUGUGGGACUGGUCCAGGAAGAUUGUUCAUGGAGUGUAUUAGUUUGAGCAGUUCAAUUUCAGAAGACGAUGAAGAAGAAAAUGACAUGAAUCGCAGCCCAACAUCGGGCUGCUGUAAAUGGAAUACACCGAAUUCUGCCUCGGUUCUGAACAGAGACCACAUUGGGACAACAACAGGUAGUUUUUCUAAAUGGAAUACAGUACCAAAUGCAAAUGCCUCAGUUCUGAGCCCGAAAGGUAGGCUGUCGAAGUACGCCCUUUCGUCAACAGUGGGUGGGUCGGCUCUGGCACUGCAUUACGCAAACGUGGUAAUGAUUAUAGAGAAAUUACUUCGUUACCCACAUUUGAUAGGGGAGGAAGCUAGGGACGAUCUAUACCAGAUGCUUCCGAGCAGUCUGAGAAUGUCUUUGAAAACGAAGCUGAAGUCUUAUCUAAAGUCUUUGGCGAUAUUCGACGCUCCCCUUGCCCAUGAUUGGAAAGAGAAGCUGGAUAAUGUUCUGAACUGGUUGGCUCCUUUAGCGCAUAACAUGAUAAGGUGGCAGAGCGAGCGUAACUUUGAACAGCAGCAGAUCGUGUCUCGGACGAAUGUUCUUCUGCUACAGACUUUGUAUUUUGCUGAUAGGAAAAAGACUGAGGAAGCUAUCUGCCAACUGCUUGUGGGAUUGAACUAUAUAUGUCGGUAUGAACAUCAGCAGACUGCUCUUUUGGAUUGUUCUAGUAGUUUUGAUUUUGAUAAUUGUACAGAUUGGCAAAUAGAAGACCAUCAUCAUCCAUAGAUCAGAUCAGAUCAGAUCUUUGCUGCUGCUGCUGCUUUUGUUUUGUUUUUGUUUUUGUUGUUGUUGUGUCAUUGAAAUUGGAAAGAAAGAUAUUUGGUCACUCAGUAACUCAGUAUAUAUAUUUAUUUAGCUGUAUUC